AUGGCAGGCAAUACGCUGUUCAUGACCCCCGAGGAAUCAGCACGUGUGCAGGAGACUGUGCGGAAUCUGAGGCGGAAAUGUCAAGAGCAAAUGGGCCAACGACGCGAGCCCCAGGACGCAACGUCUUUGAUCCAACAAGCGACCGGGUCGUCGCUCAUGGAAGACAUGGCGUCUUCCCUGUUCGGCGUGCCUCAGCAAAGGAACAGCCCGGAGACCAUGCCGGCAUAUGCGGUCGGAUCGCCCUACCUACCGUGCACGACAGCAUUGUCGGAAUUGCAUCCCAUGGGCCUAUCGGAUCUGCGCAUGGAGACGCAUCACCGUGGGCGUGUGCUCAGGGCUCGCCGUGCGUCCCCUGUCGUCGCGCUCAAAGCAUCCUCUUGGGCGGUUGUGCAGGGAGAGUCGGUCGGCGACGCAGAGCGUCUCGAGGUCUUCCUGCACAAGUCCAAACACGGCCAGGAACUUCUGGAUUUGGGUUCUGUCUUUUUGGUCAAGGAGCCGUACUACACCCUUGACAGUCGUGGCGAGCCAGUCAUCCGCGUCGACCACCCAUCGGACCUUGUUAUUUCUGCGUAUAGCCAUGGUCCGGAGUCAUGGCGCAGCACGGAACGCGACGUGACCUGCGCGACCAGGACGGCUGCAGCGUGCAAGGAGGAAGGGAACGCCGCGCUGGGGAAGAAGGAUUUUGCACGAGCUCACGCCUGCUACACCGAGGGCUUGAGUCGCCUUGGAAAGGACGACGAGGCCACCGACACCUUGUGCAACGACCUCCACCGGAACCGCUCCCACAUCAACCUUUUGCUCCGUCGCUUCGAAGAGGCCAGAUCCGAUGCGCUCGCAUCCCUGACUCACAGCGAUGACCAGGACAAGAAGCUUUUGGAUGCAAAGGCCUACUAUCGCGCCGGCACCGCGGCUUACAGCCUAGGCGAUUUCGAAGAUGCAAAAGCCUUCUUCGAGACACAGCUAAAGCUCGAGCCCGACAACCGAUUGGCCAAGAUCAACCUGCGGCGGAUCAAGACGCGAAUCGGCGAGAGAGCCACCGGAGCCCAUGACUUUGGCAAGAUUGUUGGCAGUCUCCCCAAGACGCAAGGGCGGGCCGACGCGGCAAGCUUCGACGGGGACACCGAGGUCAAGGACAGCCCCGGAGCCGGGCGCGGUCUGUUUGCCAGGCGCGACUUUGAACCCGGGGAGAUGGUCAUGUGCGAAAAGGCCUUUUGUGUCGUCUGGGGCCAUGAGCCGGGGGCGUUUUCUGCCCUCACAUGCGAUGUCCGUGACGAGGCCGCCAUCCGCGUCUUCCCCGCGGGCCUGCACAAAGCCGUGAUGCAGGCCAUGCUGAACAAUCCCUCGCAGGCCGACAGGGUCCUGGAUCUCUUCAGCGACCACCAGGGGCUUGGCAACAGACACGCGGAGCAAGACGGCGGCCCCGUCAUUGACGCAUUCCAGGUUCACGACAUCGUUCAGCGCAACGCCUUUGGCCCCGGCCGACAGACGGAGGAUGAAGACGUCACAAACGCCAGCACGGGCCUCUGGGUUCGCGCAGCCUACAUGAACCAUUCGUGCGUCCCCAACGCAAAAAAGGACUUUGUCGGCGACCUCGUGCUCCUCCGCGCCACUCGUCGAAUCGCGGCUGGCGAGGAGAUUACACACAGCUACGACGAGUCCAGUGACUAUGAUGCAAGGACUGCGGCCAUCCAGAAGACAUGGGGCUUCAAGUGCCACUGCGAGCUUUGCGGGGCCGAAGAAGCGGACGGACCUGACCUGCGCAGACGGCGCCUGGAGCUCGAGGACCAGGCAAAUUCGUUUUUGCAAAGGGAAAAUCCGUCAGGGGCGAGUAGGAUGGCGAUCAACAAGGCAAAGCGCCUCCAACAGUCGCUCAACUACACCUACAACGACAAGCGAUACCAGGGUUUGCCGCGUCGAGCGUUGAGCGGGCUGGAGCAGUGGCUCAAGACGGCCCUUGCCGGGUAA